AUUUUGAAGUCAUGGGUUAGCAGACGGAUUUAUGUAACCUUCGUGGUGUUUUGCAGUACAUUUGACAUUUCCUUUACUGACAGUCUGACAGUCACAAAGACUUCAGUCUUGCUUUACGUCAAUUUCUCAGUUAUGUCUCUAGCAUCAGCAUCUCGCUUGCUAAGGCGAGCAAGUUCUAGUUCUUUCUGUUCAAUGAUACGUGCACAGAAAUGUGUACCUUCAACAGACUUCAUUCAUUGUAGGCCUGAGACAAAAGAACAAAAUUUUUUAACGAUUCCCAGCCAUUUCUAUUCUGUGGCUAGCUCAAACAGUGCGCCCUCUUGCUGGAAAUGUGGCGGUAAAGAAAGAAAAUCUAGUUUCUUCUGUAACGAAUGUAGUGCACUGCAGAAACCAGAGAGUAAUUACAAUUACUUUCAACUUUUGGGAGUUAUUCAAACCUUUAAUAUAGAUGCUCAUGAACUUUCCAAGAAAUUCCGUGAUCUUCAAACUGUACUACACCCUGAUAAGUUUUCUAAUGCAUCUGAGGAUGAACAGUCAUUUUCAGCCGAAUUAUCUUCCUUAGUAAACAAAGCCUUCAAAACUCUUUUAGAUCCGUUAGAAAGAGGCCUUUACUUACUAAGCUUGGUAGGAGACAAAGUCGACGAAAAGAAUACCUCUUUUGACAAGAUAUUCCUUCUUGAGAUUAUGGAAUUGAAUGAGGAGUUAGAAGCAAUAUCCACCACUAGUGAACUUAAGGAAUUUCAGUCAAGAAAUAAAAGCACAUUGAACUCAAUAUGCAGAAAGGUGUCAGUUGCAUUUGAUGAAGGUAAUUAUACAUCUGCAAAAGCCGCUCUGAUGGAAAUGAAGUAUUAUACUACAUUAGAAGGCAAGAUAAAAGAAAAGGAAAUUUCAAUUGAAACUGUUUAAUAGAAAACCAAUAACAAAGUUUCUGAAAAAUCA